UGCAAGCGGCGCUGACGAUCUAGUUUUGAUUUUCGCCUAUUCACGCCGUUGACGCAUAUAAACAAUUUUUCUUACAAUAAAUACGUCAGUAUUUAUAUUUUAACGAGUGAAUUAUGAGUUCCAUAGGUACAGGGUAUGACUUGUCUGCCUCUCAAUUUUCACCGGACGGACGGGUGUUUCAAGUUGAAUACGCUCAGAAAGCUGUCGAAAACGGAGGAACAGUCAUAGGAUUACGAGGAAAGGAUGGCAUUGUAUUUGCAGUUGAAAAGAUAGUUACAUCAAAGCUCUAUGAGCCUGGCACCAAUAAAAGAAUAUUCAACAUAGAUCAGCACGUUGGCAUGGCUGUUUCUGGUUUGAUUUCUGAUGCAAGACAGAUUGUAGAGAUUGCAAGAAACGAAGCAUCCAGUUAUAAGUCUCAGUAUGGAGUUGGUAUUCCCUUGAAGUAUUUGAAUGAAAGGGUCUCCAUGUACAUGCACGCGUACACUUUAUAUUCAGCAGUAAGGCCUUAUGGCUGUUCUGUAAUUAUUGGUGCUUAUGAGCACGAUGGGCCUACCAUGUACAUGAUAGAUCCUUCUGCAGUAUCAUAUGGAUACUAUGGUUGUGCUGUUGGCAAAGCAAAACAGUCAGCCAAGACAGAAAUCGAAAAGUUGAAGCUAUCAGACAUGACCUGCAAUGAUUUAGUCAAAGAAGCGGCACGUAUCAUCUACCUCGUUCACGACGAAUUAAAAGAUAAACAAUUUAAACUUGAAAUGAGCUGGGUAGGCAAGCAUACAAAUGGAAGGCACGAAUGUGUACCAGCGGAUAUAAAGGCCGAUGCCGAAGCAAAAGCCAAGCAGGCAAUGGCCGAAGAUUCAGACAGUGACACAGAAGAUAUGUAAAUCCAUACGAGAUAGCUCUAAAGAUAUUUUAUAUUGUAAAUUAUAAUUUAAGUACAUAAAAAUUGCUAAUACAAAACUCUUCUCUAUUAACGAAUAUGCUGAAUAAAAGAUGGCUGUUGUUUACAAAAUUAAAAAA